AAAUCGCGGGGCAUUGUGGGGCGGAGGCGGCCUUUCUCUGCGUCCAGGCGAUCGGGAAAUCUUCAAGUAAAUAACGUUAACAGGGGGAGGAACAGUCGUAGCGGAAAACCCAACACAUAAGAAAUUGUGUUGAGCUGAGCCUAAAUUAUUAAAUACCGUAAUAUUACACGAAUAUGGGGCAGGAGGAUCUCAUGAACACAGCCGAAGACGUGGCGGACCAGUUCUUGCGGGUAACCAAACAGUACCUGCCCCACCUGGCGCGUCUGUGUCUCAUCAGCACCUUCCUGGAAGAUGGCAUCCGCAUGUGGUUCCAGUGGAAUGAGCAGAGAGACUACAUCGAGGCUACCUGGAGCUGUGGCUACUUUCUGGCUACGUGCUUUGUGCUGCUUAACCUCAUAGGACAGCUGGGUGGUUGUGUCCUCAUCCUCAGUAGAAAUUUUGUACAGUAUGCCUGCUUUGGAUUAUUUGGCAUCAUAGCACUACAGACUGUCGCAUACAGCAUUUUAUGGGACCUUAAAUUUUUGAUGAGAAACCUUGCCCUCGGAGGUGGUCUGCUCCUGCUGCUGGCCGAGUCUCGUUCAGAAGGAAAGAGCAUGUUUGCUGGAGUCCCGUCCAUGGGAGAGAGCUCGCCAAAGCAGUACAUGCAGCUGGGCGGCCGAGUACUGCUAGUGCUCAUGUUCAUGACCCUGCUACACUUCGACUCCAGCUUCUUCUCCAUUCUGCAGAACAUGGUGGGGACCGCCCUCAUCAUCCUGGUGGCCAUCGGCUUCAAAACCAAGCUGGCGGCGUUGACCCUCGUUGUCUGGCUCCUGGCCAUCAACGUCUACUUCAACGCUUUCUGGACCAUCCCCGCCUACAAGCCCAUGCACGACUUCCUCAAGUACGACUUCUUCCAGACCACCUCGGUCAUCGGUGGCCUGCUGUUGGUGGUGGCGCUCGGGCCUGGUGGAGUGUCCAUGGAUGAGAAGAAGAAAGAGUGGUAGGCAAAGUGGGGAUGAGAUAAGAGGAUUGCCCAGCACCACUAACUUCCCCCAAGACCGGGACACAAAGACCCUCCCUCUCCUCCAGUUUCCCCCUCACCAGGGUACACAGUUUCUUUUUCUAGCUUAUUUUAUGUUUGGCCAAAUCCCACAGACACCAUCUCAGAGCUAUUUUUAUUUUUUAGUUGAACAUGAUAUUGCCAGGUUUUUUCUAAGCCCCUAAAAAAAGCCCAUGUAUUUCAAAGAGCAAAGAAAACAGUGGAAAAGAAGAUUUAUUUGUUCUGUGUUCAGAAGACAAAUGAAAAUAAUUUAUUGUGUUUAAUGGGUGUUAUGGCGUACGCUACCAUAGAAUGAUUUUCAUAUUUUCUGAAUAAAACUGACAAAGUGGAGAGAGAGCAGCAGUUUGCCCCCCCCCCUCCAUGGAUGCUGAUCGUUUUCUGUCUUUGGAUCUUGGAAACCCUGGGCACUGAUUUGACAGCAACUUGCCUCAACUCUCCAGGUUUCAUCUCCCCUCUUUUUCUUUUUUUUUUUUUUUUUUUAAACCCUACCCUUCCAGUACAUCUACACACCUUCAAUCUCAACUGACUCCUCUUCACGGGGGAGCUGAAUCUUGGGUGGGUGGGGGGGCAUGUACAUUGUAUAGUGGUGGAUUGCAGUCGUGCUUGAUUGAAAAUUUCAACACAGUUGUUAGUUCCAGGACUUGUUAUUGGGCACUUUGUACUGUACGUCUUUGGCAAAUGCCUAACUAGUGAACUGUAUAUGAUCUGGGAUAAAUAGGGGGGGAGGCUCAGCAUUUGUGAAACACCAUAUUCUGCGAUCUAGAAAAGCAAAGAGGACUAAGCAGAGUCACUAGCCACCUGGACUUUGUCUUUGCUCAGUGUUUUUUGCCUUGUGUAAGAAAAUUAAAAAAAAUAUUCAGUGUAUUGAUUUUCAGAAGUUUAUAUUGUAUUUUUGAUCAUUUGUUUUUUUGAUUUUGAAAGUUCAUGGCGAAUAAAAAUUCAGAAAUAUAA